AUGUCUGCUCUUUCUGUUGUGGUGGCCGUGCUCUUUCUGCUCACCGUGGCUGCGGCGGGCCUCCUCGUGCGCCGGUGCCUGGUGCAGGAGCGACGCGGGGCGUCCUUGCGGGAUCCCACGGUGGAGGCGCAGCCACGGCAGCGUGCGGCGCCCGCCAACGCACAUGACCCGCGCGGCGGCGCCAGCAGCAGCGACGAGGAGGAGGCCGCCCUGGUGCCGCGGCACCGCUUCGUCGCGACCGGCGCGGUGGUGCGCCCGUGCGGCGGUGUCGUUCCCCGGCUGCCGCGGCCCGCCCUCACACCGGCCUCGCCCUCCCCGACAGGCGACACCCCACGCACGCCUUUGGGGACGCCCCAGCCGUAUUUGCCGCGCGACGAGGGGGGCGCAUCGCCGCACGGGGAGGCCAGCUUUGCGAGCUUUAGCCGCCCCCUCACCCCGGAGAGCGAGGCGGCCGCGGACGCGGGGCGGUGGCCACGCAGCGAGGUAAAUCGAGCCGUUGAGCAGAACGAGGCGGCGGCUGCAGCUCCCACGCGCAACGGUGCGCCUGGAACCCACGACGUUUGCGCGGGGGGUGGCGGGUACCGCGGCGAGGGAGCGAGAGGCGGCGGGCCGCCGCAGCCACUGGCCCAGCGACGUUGCACGCCAGAUGCGGGCGGCACGGGCCACUUCACGUGUGGGGCGGAUGCGGCGAUGUCUGGCCGUAGUACAGAGACGACCCCAACGAGUUCCGCCGGCGCCGAGAGCGACGGCACGCCGCACAUGCCGCCCAUUGGGGCGUCGGUUGCGACAGCGGCACCGGGCACUAGCGGCGUCCUCUUCCUCUCUGCAACGACGUCGUGUGGAGACGCGGCGCCCCUGGAGCUGGUUUCCCCAGCCGUUGCUGCGGUUGCCGUGGACACGCCGCUCGCGGCAGUCUCGCUGGCCCCAGCGAGUGUCGGUGUCCCCGGCGCCGCGGGGAACUCCAACCUGGGGGCCUCGAUGGACACGUAG